AUGCUAAUAUUCAUAUUAAUAUAUUCAAUAAUUACUUAUAAUCAAGUACUAUCUAUUCAAUUUUCUGUUCCGGAAAGUGUACCUGUUGGACAUGUAGUUGGAUAUGUUGAAGGAAGUCCGAAGAUAGCUACAGAUGCUCGUUACUUCGUUGUCUAUUCAGAUGACAUCACUGAGAAGAUUAUAAAGGUUGAUGAUCGAUCAGGCGAAAUUGUUACGCUCCAGCCAUUGGAUUAUGAAAAGAAAACGAACUUUGAAGUUUUAGCCAUACCAGUUCAAGGUGGAGAUGGCAUUCAGAUAUCUAUCGAGGUUGAAGACGAGAAUGAUCAUGUGCCAACAUUCGCGGAUGAACGCAUAACUAUUGAAAUAUCGGAGUUUGCCCGUAUUGGAUCAGAAUUUCCGUUACCAUUAGCAGAUGACCGUGAUGGACCGAGUUACAACGUUCAGAAAUACCGUAUUGCUCAAGGAAAUGUUAAUAACGUCUUCAAAAUUUCAUCAAGACGUCUGAAUGGAGUCCUUUAUGCAGACUUAGUGGUUAAUGGACAAUUGGAUCGAGAGUACCGAGACAAGUAUGAGCUCGUCAUAGAAGCUCUUGAUGGUGGUAAACCUCCAAGAAUUGGAAAAAUGCGUUUGAACAUCAAAAUUCUGGACGCAAAUGACAACGCUCCUGUGUUUGAGAAACCUCGCUACUCAGCUUCAGUUUCUUCAACAGUGUCUAUAGGAUCCACCAUUUUGACCGUAAAAGCAACCGACGCUGAUAUAGAAGAGAAUGCUAGGAUUACUUAUAGAUUACAAAAAACUCGUUCUAGUUCAUCUUCAUUCUUCUCGAUGGCUCCAAAUGGAGUGCUAUCUACUACAGCCCAGCUUUUACCAGGAGCUGUUCAUGAUCUGGUGGUAGUAGCUUCUGAUCAUGGACGUCCAUCACUUGAAGCCACAGCUUUUGCGACUAUCACUGUGCAAGGCUCAACACAUGAUGCUCCAGCUUUGGAUAUCAUUUGGUUAACAGAUACCACAACAGCUCAUUUGAUGGAGAACAUAACACUAGGAUCGAUUGUUGCUCGUCUCUCAGUUCAUGAGAAUAAGAAGCAUAGUAAUUUAUCUUUGACCGGAUGUCCUUCAUUAUGUAUGCAGCAGAGUGAAUCAUCAAGGAUCUAUCUAUUAAUUGUGUGUGGCUUAUUUGACCGAGAAACAACUCCAGAAUAUCAUCUGAAGUUCAUAAUGAAGGACUCAUCUGAUGACAUACUACUUGAACAUCCAGUUCUAUUAACCAUAGGUGACGUUAAUGAUAAUGCUCCCCAAUGGUCUCAGCUCAACAUGCAUCUGGUGCUGAAGCGUAAUGGCGAGAAUGUUCAUGUGGUUGACGCAUUUGAUCCCGAUCAGGGUGCCAAUGGGCGAAUUCAUUAUAGUAUACUUGAUACUGAUUUAAUUAAAAUAGACGCUGAUUCUGGAAGAUUAAUAAUUGAAAGAGAAUUGGAUUGCUCGGUCGGCUCAAUGAUCAACUUUCGCGUUCGAGCGGAAGAUGCUGGCAAACCAUCAAAGUACUCAGAUAUGACUGUUAUUGCUGAUUUGAUUGAUCCAAGCGGAAAACCACCACAGUUCGAAAAAUCGCUUUAUGAGAUUCUGGUGACUGAAGACACAGAGCAAGGAUCCUGCUUGCUAAAGGUACGAGCUUAUCUUGUUUUUGUCAUUUAA